GUCUUUCCUUUAAUGUGAGAUGGCCAUGGUAAACAUAGAGGCAAUAUAUCAAGUGUCAUUUGUCGACCAGCUAUACACAACGUAUCUGGAAAUCACCAGCAAUACGGAAACCUCCCGCAGAGAUGCGAUACAAGGCGACAAAAUUGAAGGCCUAGUUGCUGAGCAUGGGCAAGUCUUUGCCAUGUUGUUGUCAAAAUUUGCGUUACCGAAGGUAGACAGAGUUCCACCAAGGAGCAAGGUCAAGGGAAAGCAGCCUCAUACGAGAAAGAUUAGAAGAUUUCAAUCCUCAGAGUUCUCACUGAUGAUUGGUGAGAAACACUCAAGAGACUUCCUGUUGACCGGACAGACUUUGCUUCGUCAAGGAAAGAGAAAGGAAGCUGUCGCCUUUUUUCAACAAGCAGUUAAGUAUUCCGCGGCAUACCAGCUAACUCAGGGUUAUCCUAAUGGAUGGAUGGCACGCCUGUACAACACAAUCCUUAAAAUACGCUUGGAAAGACACGGGUUUGGAAGUUACAAUGAUUUGAGCAAUUAUUUGGAGGAACUCGUUGAAGUUACUGAAAGGAGAAGUGCAAAUGAUAUCUCCGAAGAUGCACCGGUAGUAACAACGGAUUGUGAUCUCACCUUGAAGCUAGUGCUGACAUUCCUUAUUAUGUUGUCCGUUGAGCUGGAUGCGAUCGAAAUCACAUUUGCAGCGUAUGAUCUGUAUUCUAAACUUUUUCAAGACAACGAAAGCAAGUUUUUUUUCCUUAACGACCAGGUUCAAGUUUAUGCAUCCAGAAUUUUAAUGACCUGCAACGGAAAAACAGCUUCACAAGACAUCCUCCUGGUCUCUGCUGUUAGUUUGAAUGAUAACGAAGCCGACCGAUCAAAAACUGACAAGCAGCUAUUCAGAAGCGUAGCCUCUAGGAGAAAUGUGCCAACCAAUGGUUUUCUUAUCACUUUGAUGUCAUCCACUUUUCGGGAUAUCGGCGAGUUGCAGGAACUAGAAAGGGAGAUAUCUCUUUCACUCCACGAGUGUUUUCGACUGAAAUGUUUUGGAUCUGGUGCUGACAGUACCACUCGAGUUAUUGUAGAUUUAACUUCAAAGGCUAACACAACCAACCCCAUGAUGAGAUGUAAUCGUAUUUCUCUUUUGUCUCUGUGUCUAUCGGAUGAGUUACUCACUGAAACACAUCACGAGGGAAAUCUUUGUCAAAUAUCUAGUACCGCUUGUCAGAAGAUCACAAGGUCAACCUUUCAAGACGAGCAGACUACGAAGUUCAUGUACAGCCAAACUGUUCUCGGUGUUCUAGAAAAUUACCGGUCGAAGAUUUGUUCUUUGUCAGUUCAGGGUCAGUGCCUCCGUUUGACGAUCAGAGAGCCUGUAAAGGCCUGCUUGGUAUUGCAGAACCAUGGAAGAUGCAUCCAGCAAGUAUUCCAGCUGGUUAAAACUACUUCGCGAGAGGAAUCAAGUGUUAGAGGACCUCCUGGACAUAUGUACAGGGAAGAAGAAGACAUUGCGAAUGAAAUUGAUGAAUUUUCCAUGGCAGACAUGCAUAUGAAUCUCUUGGCAAAACAAUAUCAAGUGCCAUGUCAGACAAACGUUUUGUACUACCACGACCCUUUGGAUAAUACUGGAUCGAGUGUUAAAGCAGAUGAUUACAUUCCAGAGUGUCUAUCAGGAGUGACCGAGAUAUCAAAACAGUUAAAACAGUUUUGUCGGCUUAGAAGAGAUGAAUUUGAAGGUGACCAUUAUGCCAUGGUGGUGGAUGCAAAUGAUCCAGAAGACUGUUCGUCCGAUUUGAAAUGCAGUCAGUUGCACGAUGGACUCUUUGAAAGAGAUUUUCAAUCAGCAACUUUUCCCCCAAAGAGAGACAUUCGAAGCCAAAGUUUGACUCUGAGUGAUCCGGAGUCGCCAGGACAAUGGGAACAAGAGGAAGCACUAACGAGCGAAGCCGAAUGCGACGAAAAUAUCCUUGGAAGAGUAAUUUUUCAAAAGGCAAGGCAUUCUCGACGAAUUCGUCUGGCAGAGCUCCAUCAUCAUUUGAAGAAAACUGAAGUCAGCGAAUCGAGCCUCGUUAUAGAGCAAAAACGUUUUCCAUUGAUCUUGAAAGGAAAAGAUGACUACGUCACGAAGGAUCAAAUAACAACAGAAACUAGGCAAAUGAACAAUCCACUGCAAAGUUCAACAUACAGCCAGCAGGGUUCAAGUCGUAACGAGAACCAACACUCCUCUCCUACAUCUGAAAUUACGAGCGAAACAUCUAGUUUAGCUGACAAGAAAGUGACCACUUGUUCAUGUGAAUUAAACGCAAGCACAUUGGUUCCUGUCAGUGGGUCAGGGAGAUUCAUCAUUGAACAAGAUGAAAAAUCAAACAGCGCUCUCUUCAUCAACUUACAAGACCAGACAGAUAGAGAAAUUCAUAUUAAUUGUAGUAUGAAAGAUAAGAACUGUACAUCUAAAAGGAAACAUGAAGAUUUUGAAUCCUUAAGGAAUCCAACUAAUGAUUCUCAAGGCACUGAUACAACCGAAAAUAAUGAUCGCAUCGUAAGGUGUAUACCCGUCACGAAGAAAACUGACUCAAAGUGGGGGAAUGGGGCAAAGGCCAGAGGAAAAGACCACGAAGAAAUUUCUAAGAUUGCGCCAGCUAAAGAGAAAACUUUCUCUCCAGAUGUGAUAGGGGUUGAGUCAACUACUGAGCGUGCGGCAGAUACCUCAAACUUGCGAAUCUCCGCAACCGAAAAAGGAGAGAAUCAUGAAAAUCAUGUCGAAAGUAAAAUAGAUUUCGACAAAAAAGUUGACCGUAAGGAAGAUGAAAAGUGCAUCUCCACCAUGUGUUCUUCAAAAGAUUUUGACGAAGAUAGAAAGGCAACUCAAGGUCGCGUGAAUUUUGAAAACAGGAGCAGUCAAAUUGGAAUCAGGACAAUGAGGGGAAGCGAAUCUGGAUCACUUACUACAGACAAGCAUCAAGGCCCAGCGGACCACAGUGAGACAGAUAUAAACUCAAGCACCACAACCAAAAGCUUCGGAGGAGCAAGGCCAAAGAUUCUGCCAAAGGGUACUAGAAAGGACCGUUUUGUCAGAUUCGGGGCAAAUGAUUCAUCAUUAUGUUAUCGGAAAAACAAAACAAGUCGAACUGGACUAGACGCUGGUUUUAUAGCUCGUCAUGCCGAUGACAAAGACCGUCUCUCCUUUUUGCUGCCUGGCUACGAAAAUAAAGAUGCACUGAAAGUUCCUGGCAAUCACGUUUAUGACGGCCUUUGCACUUCAUCGAGCGUUUGUGGAAAGUGGCUUAACAGGGAAUACCUCCCAUCAGACAAAAGGUUUCUCCAUUGUAACUAUGACGCUGCAGAUUUGAGACCUUUCCCGGCAAAGGAUACCUUUGAGGACAGAGGUGGUGUUCAGAAUAUUUCAAGAUCACUUGUUAGUCACGAGGAAAACGUGCCAGACGAAAGGAAGGGCGGGAAAUUUUUACGUGCUGUAACAAAUGGAAAUUGUUCGUUGCUGAAAAGUCACAAAGAGGAAGGAUUGGAAAACCUGACACAAACAAAGCAGUUUGAAGAUUCCACUGAUUGUAGCAUUCUAGCAAUGUUCACUGGCUGUGGGUCACGUGACGCUCGCGAUGAUAUGGAAACAAUAGCUAAUGAAUACAGCCGAGAAAUGGAAACUAGUGAUUGUAUACCUGUGUAUCCAGAAACAGUGAGCAAGGAUUUGCCGCACACGGAGAAGUUAUCGACUCUUCUAGGAUCCUUUCAACAGACACUAACUAAAACCAUACGUCUUGUUGCCUCGACCAAUGCAAAUGUACACCGACCUGAUCGUGAGCUCCAAUCAGUCGAAAAGAUAGGGAUUCAGGAAGAAACAACAAGAAGUACAGAACGGGAGCCCGUGAUUGCUGCAGGCGUUGACGAGCCACGUCGCCGAAGAGAAUCUAUCCAAGCAACUAAUCCAACUCUACUAGCUGAGCCGAAACCGAUAGCUACGCCUGUCCAGGAGAGUCCGCGCGCUGUUUGCAGUCAUUAUCAGCGCCGAUGCUUGGUCAGUUUUCCUUGUUGCGGUAAGUUCUACCCAUGCCAUCGUUGUCAUAAUGAGUCAGACUGCAGUGAAGACCAAGCGAGGGCAAUCAAUGCCACACACAUAAGAUGCGCGAUCUGCUCUCACGAACAAGAGAUUGAUGAAACAAGCCAGAAGUGUGGUAGUUGUAAGGCGACUAUGUCUGAAUAUUUCUGCGUGACUUGUAAGCACUUUACUUCAGUUGACAAGAAUCCUUUUCACUGCGAGAAGUGCGGUAUUUGCAGAAUCCAUAGAGACAGAUCCUUCCACUGUGAUGUUUGUAACGUAUGCCUGGACAAACGCCUCGAGGGAAAGCAUAAGUGCAGACCUGAUUCGGGACACGAAGAAUGCUGUAUUUGUCUAGAGGACGCCUUCAGUGGUUGUCAAAUUCUCCCAUGCUCACACAAGGUUCACAAAGAUUGUGCUAUUGCAAUGAUUCAAAAUGGCGUACGCACAUGCCCAAUCUGCCGCCAUCCGUUGUUCGGUCAACUCCAAAACAAUUCCCAGUAACCGAGAACGAUUUUGACCGACAAUUGUGCAGCAGUGUAGCAGGUGAGAAGCCUCUUGAGCCGAAGCAAGUAAUGCGGGGACCCCAUUCUUGACAUUGAGCACUGGACAAGAUGAUUCUCCAGAUUCUGCAGUCUACGAAUAGUUUUGUCAAUUAAGACUGCGAAGCAAAAUCACCAAUGACCGAGAGAAAUGAAAUUGCCAUCGACAGAAUUUCGAAAACAUAAAGUUUAUUCGACAGAGGCUUUGACAGUCCAGGAACUUCUGUGGGGGAAAUAACUAGCCUGAAACGACUGGAUUCCACGUGGAGAUCGAGCCGCCAUCUUGGAUUUCGACUUCAUGGAAAAGGUUACUUUCGCUCUAGAAUGAAUUAUCAUCAUAACUCAACUGCUAUUUUUCAGUUGAUUUGACUAGUUAAAAGCGGAGAUGUAAGUACUAAUCCUGGUCCCACUGCUAUUCCAGUUGUAAUUGGUAAUCGACGUCCGACAAACUGUUAUCCUGCUAAUGCCACUCGUGUUUUACCGCGUUUGUAUGGCUUGGACAACUUGAGAAAUGUUCAACUACAAACUGAUUUUGUAUCUCGCAGUUAUAUUUCCUGCUGUGUUCAGCUUUGCCUGCUGAAUGUAAGAUCUGUUAAGAAUAAGGCGAUGAUAGUGAAAGACUAUGUUGUGGACAAUGAUAUUGAUAUUAUGGCUUUGGCAGAGACAUAGCUGCGACCUGGAAAUACCAAUGAUGUUGAAGUGGGAACUUUGUGUCCUACCGGCUAUAGGUUCCUACAUGUUCCAAGAUCUCAUUCCAGGGAGGACGAGUUGGUGUGUUAUUUAAAGAUAAUCUUAAUAUCAACUCCUCAAUGUGUGACACCUUUCAGUCAUUUGAAUUCAUGGAUGUCCGUCUCAGAAGCCUUCAGUGUAUUAGGAUCCUGGUUAUUUAUCGUCCACCCGACAACAACUCCUGUUUGCUUUUCUUUGAAAAGUUCUCUAGAUUACUAGAGAGAAUUGCUGCUGGUAUAAAGGCUAAUGCCCUUGCUUGGUUUGAUUCGUAUCUUAAAUCUCGCAAACAGUUUGUGCAAAUUCAAGAUUGUCAGUCAUCACAACGCUGUUUAGCACAUGGGGUGCCUCAAGGAUCUGUGUUAGGUCCCUUGCUGUAUUUAUUAUAUACAUCUCCGAUUGCUGAUAUUAUCAAUUUUCAUAGUCUACAGUACCAUUUGUAUGCUGAUGAUUCUCAACUUUACAUUUCUUUUAAAACUGACUGCUUUGCUGACCUCGCUCAAGUUAAGUCAUCAGUUGAGCUAUGUGUCAAAGAUAUCGACUGUUGGAUGACAAACAACAUGCAAAAGCUCAAUCAGGAGAAAACUGAACUAAUUGUAAUUAGUUCAAAAUUCCGCCCAAAGCCUUCCAUUUCAUAUGUGUCAGUUGGUGAUGAACAAAUACUCCCCAAAUCUUCAGCUAGGAAUCUCGGUGUCAUAUUUGACGAAUGCUUUAAUAUGGUGGAACAUGUAAAUAAGAUCUGCAAAACGUCUUACUACCACAUAAGGAACAUUUCUAAAAUUAGGAAGAAUCUCACUGAGGAAACUACGGAAAUUCUUGUUCAUGCAUUUGUCAGUUCAAAACUAGACAAUUGCAACUCUUUAUUGUAUGGCCUCCCUAAGCAUAUGAUAAGUAGUUUGCAGUCUGUUCAAAACACGGCUGCUCGUAUCGUCACUUUAACCAAGAAAUUUGAUCAUAUCACCCCUGUAUUGCUUCAACUGCAUUGGUUACCUGUCACUUUCGGAUUCUUUUGAAAGUUUUAUUGUUAGUUUAUAAGGCCCUAAAUGGUAAGGCACCAUUAUAUAUCACGGAAUUACUUAGUUAUCGUACAUGUUCACGUACGCUACGUACUCAAAAAUUUCUGGCUGUUCUGAAGUCAAGACUUAAAACAUACGGAGACAGGGCCUUUUCCGUUGCUGCACCUAAACUCUGGAACGAGCUGCCAUUAGAUCUUUGAAGUUUAGAUACAAUUAAUUUAUUCAAGAAACACUUAAAGACCGAUCUUUUUGAAAAAGCAUACAAUGUUUAACUUUUUGAUAAUUUGGAAUAGGAUUUACUGUUAGCGCUAUAUAAAUUAUGUUAAAAUUAAAUUAAAAUUAAACUAUGAACACUAUCAAUAUUUUACCAGCAAUAAGAUGGUGUAUUACCCGGCAUAAAAAAUAGACAAAUAGCCUCAAAAUAGACACAAAGUAUAGGUAAAACUUUAAUGAAAGGUGUGUGUGAAAUUUCGUUUUAAGAAGGAACAAAUUUUGUGCGCGCUUUUGUAUUCGCUAAAAUGUAUUUUAUCGGCAAGGUUACUCUCUAACCACGGAAAGUAUAAAACAGCAUGGUAAUAAGUA